AACCCUUCUGCAGCCAGGUCCAGGUCCAGGUCCAGGUCCAGGUCGGACCGCCGAGAGAGCUCACUACUGCUUCAGAGUCCAGCAGCCAAAGGAAGCUGAAGCUAGCAGAGACACUGACCGCCGCCCCCGACUGGCUCUCAAGGGUGACACAGCAGAGGGCGCUGUCGAGUGCGAGUGCACGAUAAAGUUGACAUGAACAUCCUUUAGAGAUGUGUCAGGUGACUGUGGGCCAGACUGACGGGGCGACGGGAGGAGGAAGUGAGGGGAGGAGUCGAGGGCAGGACAGCCUGAGCUGGAGCCCUCACACUGGCACAUGCAGGGGCCAGAUCCACCUGGACUCGCGCCUGGACUCGCACCCGGACUCGCAGCUCGGAGCGCUCAGGAACAUGAGCAGAGUCGUGGAAUCGGAGGACGACAACUCCCAACUCAUUGGGCAGGACAAGAAGCUGGACCUCAGCUAUGGCAGCAUCACCAUGGACGCGGCGGCGGCGGCGGCGGAGCAGCCCGGGGACGGAAACACCUUCAGCGACGGGACGACUCGAGUGGACUUCGUUCUGGUGUGGGAGGAGCCUCUGGACUCGGACAAAGAAGAGGGCGACAACCCUGUCCACAAAAAGUGGCGGGAAACCUUCCUGACCAAACUGCGGCGGUCGGGACUGUUGGACGAGCAGAGGGAGCUGAUCCAGUCCAAGAACCGCAUCCGCUUCAUGCUCCUCAGCGCCCCCUGGGAGGUGCUCUGCUACUACGCGGAGGAGAUCAGCCUGAGGGUGCCGCUGCAGGUGGUCAACAGCUGCAACGUCAACUGGUCGGCCAAGAUGCUCCAGAGCCUGUCGCUGCCCAACCUGUUCCAGCAGGACGUCCCCAACCCGCCGCCCGACUUCUACACCUGCCAGUUCAGGAGCAACAAGCUGGAGCGGUUCCUCGGCGGCGAAGACAAGGACACUUUCUUCAAGACGACGCAGAGGCACCAGGUGGUCUACGAGAUCCUGGCUCGGACGCCCUACGGCUCGGUGAAGCGAGGGGAGGUCGGAAUCGACCGGCUCCUGAACGAGAAGGUCUUCAGCGCUGCCUACCCGCUGCACGAGGGACCUUUCGAGCGGCCCGAUCCCCCGGUUCCCCCGGAGUCUCUGCGGCUGCGGCAGGUCCUCUACAGCUACUGGGCCCAGUGGUCCUGCUGGACUCGGUACCAGCCUCUGGACCACAUCCGCGAGUACUUUGGGGAGAAGAUUGCGCUGUACUUCGCCUGGCUGGGUUUCUACACCGGGUGGCUGCUGCCGGCGUCUGUGGUCGGGACUGUGGUCUUCAUCGUGGGCUUCUGGCUGGUGGCCACCGACAUCCCAGCGAAGGAAGUGUGUGAGAGCGGAGGGGAGUUUGUCAUGUGCCCUCUCUGCAACAUCUGCUCGGCCUGGAACUACUCCAGCAUCUGCGUCACCUUCAAGGCGGGGCUGCUGUUUGACAACGGGGGGACGGUCUUCUUCAGCGUCUUCAUGUCCCUGUGGGCCGUCACCUUCCUGGAGUACUGGAAGAGGACCUGCUGCACCCUGGCUCACCGCUGGGACUGCUCCGAGUUCGAGGAGAGCGAGGAGCGGCCGCGCCCGGAGUUCGCAGCCAUGGCCCCCAUGACGGUGAGGAACCCGGUGACCGGAGCGGAGGAGCCCUACUUCCCUGAGAAGACCCGCCUCAACCGGACCCUGACGGGCUGCAUGGUGAUCGUGCUCAUGGUGGUGGUGGUCCUGAUGUUCCUCAUCGCCGUCAUCCUGUACCGGACCAUCCUCGGCAUCGUCAUCUACAAGUCGCGCAAUGCCUUCGUCAGCGUCUCGGUGAGUUUCCCGCUCGCGGCUGAGCUCACGGCUCCACACGCUCUCCCUGUCUGUCUGUGUGUGUGUGUGCAGGCCAGCAGGAUCGCCAGCAUCUCGGGGUCGGUCCUGAACCUGCUGGUCAUCCUGAUGCUGUCCAGGGUUUACGUCUCCCUCGCUCACAUCCUGACGCGCUGGGAGAUGCAUCGCACUCAAACCAAAUACGAAGACAUGUUCAUCCUCAAAGUCUUCAUCUUCCAGUUCAUCAACUUCUACUCGUCUCCCAUCUACGUGGCGUUUUUCAAAGGACGCUUUGUUGGCUACCCAGGCCACUACAACACGCUGUUCGGCGUGCGCAACGAGGAGUGCGGCGCAGGUGGGUGUCUCAUCCAGCUUGCUCAAGAGCUCCUCGUCAUCAUGGUGGGAAAACAGCUGAUCAACAAUGUCCAGGAGUUCGUUGUUCCGAAGCUGAAGGCGUGGUGGCAGAGACAGAAGCUGCGGCAGAAGUCGGCGGACGGCGAGGCUCCGGCGGAGCUGGGCCGGCCGUGGGAGUCGGACUACGAGCUGCUGGUGUGCGACGGGCUGCUGAGCGAGUACCUGGAGAUGGUCAUCCAGUUCGGCUUCAUCACCAUCUUCGUGGCGGCGUGCCCGCUAGCGCCGCUCUUCGCCCUCAUCAACAACUGGGUGGAGAUCCGACUGGACGCCCAGAAGUUUGUGGCGGAGUACCGGCGGCCCGUGGUGGAGCGAGCCCAGGACAUCGGCAUCUGGUUCCCCAUCCUGCAGUUCAUCACGCACGUGGCCGUCCUCAGCAACGCCUUUCUCAUCGCCUUCACCUCCUCCUUCCUGCCGCGGCUCUACUACCGCUACACCCGCGACGCCAACCUCAGCGGCUACAUCAACUUCACCCUGGCCACCUCGCCGGCCAGCCAGAACCCGGACCACGAGACCUGCAGGUACCGGGCUCUCCGAGACCAGCACGGUCACUACCUGCCCGAGUACUUCCAGCUGCUGGCCAUCCGACUGUCCUUCGUCAUCAUCUUCGAGCACGUGGUCUUCUUCAUCGGCAACCUGAUCGACAUGAUGGUUCCGGACGUUCCUGAGGAAGUGGAGAUGAAGAUCAAGCGGGAGCACUACAUGGCCAAGCAGGCGCUGGCCGAGAACCAGUCUCUGGGGGAGCUGUGGCCCCGCGAGGACAAGGUCCAGGCGGGAGAUCUGAGACAGCGGCGGCCCAAAUCCUCCGCCACGGACAGCGUGUCACCGGACCUGGGCAACAUUGCGGAGGAGGCGGAGCCCUGAGGACACCCCAGGUCUUUUACUUGUGCUGCGGCAUCACUCGUCACCAGGAGGGGGCGCUGGACCGCGGCAAGAUUCAGGGAUGACUUUAGUUUCAAAUGAUGUCCAGCAGCUGCCGGUCAUCACGGAGCCCAGGCCUCAAGUCGGGUUCCGGACCUCAGCUGUGGUUCUGUGUUGGGGCUGCGGCCACGACGCCUCCGUGUUUCUUCACAGCUCUAUUUCCUGUUUAUUUAAAUAAAAUCCUCAA